UUGUCGUCAUCGAAAGCAGCCAUAUUCUCCCUUGUACCAAAUAAAGCAUCCUCUCCUCUGAGAUCGCUAUUUUAAUUUCUCCCCCCCUUUUUUUUCUCGCUUUCUCUCUCCUCAUUAUUCAUCCUCCCUUCUCUCUCCUCCAUAGCUGCCUGAGCUCUCCAUCUUCUUCUAGAGAGAGAAAGUAGUAACAGAGGAAACUGAAAUAUUGUGGGUUGUGGUGGCGUCGUUCUUCAGCGAAGCUACAUUUUUGGCGCCAUGGCGAAUCACCGGCGGCGCCACCACCACCUCCAUCAUAAUAUCACCAGCAGCAAUCGACUUUCUCGCCGAUUUCUUCCAGCGAUUACCUCCAUCGUCGGCGUUUUGUUUCUCUGCUUCUUCGUCCUCUCCUUUCUCGCUCCUCGUCCUUCUCGCCUCCUUCACCACGGCCGCACUCGCAGCUCCUCCUCCUCAUCCGAUGACGAUGCUUCCGUCGGAGUUUCGAUCUCUUCCGUUCCGGCUAUUGGAGGAAAAACCAAACAUGAUAUUUGGAGGUCGAAAGAUUCGGAAUUCUUCUAUGGUUGUAGCAAUGCUAGCAGUAAAUUCAUCAAAGCAGAUAUUAUCACACGCCGAAAUCGUUAUUUGAUGAUUGCUACAAGUGGAGGCUUAAAUCAACAAAGAACAGGGAUAAUUGAUGCUGUUGCUGCUGCUCGUAUUUUAAAUGUCACCCUUGUUGUGCCGAAGUUGGACCAGAGAUCUUAUUGGAAGGAUGCAAGUAAUUUCGAGGACAUCUUUGAUAUUGACUGGUUCAUAUCCUUCCUAUCCAAUGAUGUGAAGAUCUUAAAAGAACUCCCAAACGGACCAAAAGUCACAACCAUGCGUGUUCCAAGAAAGUGCAAUGAAAGAUGCUAUGAAAAGAGGGUUUUACCUGUUAUAAUGAAAAGGCAUGCUGUCCGGCUUACCAAGUUUGAUUAUAGGCUUGCAAAUCGGCUGGAAACAGAUCUUCAAAAACUAAGAUGUAGGGUUAAUUACCAAGCUUUGAAGUUCACCAGUCCAAUACUAGACAUGGGCAAAUUGUUGGUACAGAGGAUGAGAGCCAUGAGCAAGCAUUUCAUUGCUCUCCAUUUAAGGUUUGAACCUGAUAUGCUUGCAUUCUCAGGAUGCUAUUAUGGUGGAGGGGACAAGGAAAAAAAAGAAUUGGGUGCUAUCAGAAAGAGGUGGAAAACAUUGCAUGGAAGCAAUCCAGACAAGGCAAGGAGGCAAGGAAGAUGCCCACUGACUCCAGAAGAAGUGGGGUUGAUGUUGAGGGCUUUAGGUUAUAGCAAAGAUGUUCACAUAUAUGUGGCAUCUGGUGAAGUAUACAGGGGAGAAGAAACCUUAGCUCCUUUAAAGAUGCUCUUCCCUAAUUUCCAUUCCAAAGAUACAAUAGCCAGCAAAGAGGAACUAGAAUCAUUUUCCGGAUUUUCUUCUCGCAUGGCAGCACUUGACUUCAUUGUUUGUGAUGAAAGUGAUGUCUUUGUCACUAAUAACAAUGGAAAUAUGGCAAAGAUAUUGGCAGGACGAAGGAGGUAUUUUGGUCAUAAGCCCACCAUUCGUCCCAAUGCUAAAAAGCUAAAUAAGCUCUUCUUAAACAAAGGUAACAUGACUUGGGAAGAGUUUUCCUCUAAGGCCCGUUCUUACCAGAGAGGGUUCAUGGGUUUGCCACACGAGUCAAGACCAGGCAGAGGUGAGUUCCAUGAGAAUCCCGCUACAUGCAUCUGUGAAAAUUCUGAUGCAAAGGCUAUGAGAGAUGCAAAUCUUCGGAAAUUUGGAACGGGGAAGGAUCCCUUCAAGAAAGAAGAAGAGACUGAGGAUCAUGAUGCUGAUGAUGAGUCAGAAUCAACAGACCCAGAUACUGAUGGGGAUGUUCUUCUUCAAGAGAGACAGCCAGCGAAUGAGACCAUGCUGGAUUAUGAGGGAUUUUCAACGGAAGAACCUGAAUUAGAAGAUAUGUUAUCAGACUAGACAAUUUUGCCUUUUGUUUUCGGGAUUGCACGGAUGUUUGAGCAGUUGGGAAACUGAAGUUUUGAAGUCUAGCCUUCAAGUGAGAAUCUGUACAAAGUUAAGCAGUCAUAACUCACAAGGAGGCUUGCAACUUCCAAGCGUUCACUGAAAGAAUAUGCAAGUUUGCGACGGAUCGGAUGUGGAGAACUUAACACCAAAUUGGAAACAAGUCUGCCUGGUACGAACGCUUAGACUGCCCUUUAUGAUGGGGUACAAAUUACAUGUUAGAUACAGUUGCCUCUUUCACAGAUUAGAUAGUUUCUUUGUACUUAAGAAUCUGCCUACUUUUUUAUCCUUUCUGAUAAUAUUGCCUCCUGUAAUCUUAUUUUAGGGUAGUUGGUAGGUAUAAUCUAUUUAGUUUGGUAGCAAUUCCUGGAUCAUAUCUGAUAGUAACCCUUUACAGUCUUCUUA